AUGCCUUCCACUCUCUGCACCGCAAAGGCCUCCUACAAAAAGCUCUCCGGCACCCUCGAACUCACAAACACCCAUCUCCAAUGGACGCAGGACGGAAAGAAGGCACCCUCAGUCCGUGUCGCCCAUGCUGAGGCUGCGUCUCUCUUUUCGAGCAAGGAGGGCGCACCCCAGGUCCGUCUGAAGGUCGGGCUCGUGCAUGAUGAUGCAGGCCACAACUUCACCUUCACGUCACCGCAACCGACCGCGCUAGUUGAACGCGAAAAGUUCAAGAGCGAGCUCACGAACAUCAUCAGUCGUAACCGCAGUGGCGUCGCGACCCCUGCAAAGGCACCCGGUACUCCUGUCAUCACGACACCUACGAAUGCCGCCAAAGCAAAGCUACCCCAGAGCGCUUCGAAGCUGUCGCACUCGCGUGCACCGUCGGUAGACUCCAGAGCCUCGGGCACUCCGGUGGGCGGUGGCGGUGACCCGAGGAACGACUACCGAUUACGAAAGAAAGUGCUACUAGGCAACCCUGAGCUCGCGGCAUUACAUCGCGAGCUUGUUAUGGGUGGGCAUAUCUCGGAGAACGAAUUCUGGGAAGGGCGAGAACAUCUCAUCCUGGCGCAAGCCGCCGCUGAAGGGCAGAAACGCGGUAAGCCAGGGCAACUCGUCGACCCUCGUCCACAAACGGUAGACGGAGAGGUCAAGAUAAUCAUCACGCCGCAAUUGGUCCACGACAUCUUUGAGGAAUACCCUGUCGUCGCUAAGGCCUACAGUGAUAAUGUUCCGAACAAGCUAACGGAGGCGGAGUUCUGGAAGCGGUACUUCCAAUCCAAGCUGUUCAAUGCGCACCGCGCGUCGAUUCGUUCGUCCGCGGCGCAGCAUGUGGUCAAGGAUGACCCGAUCUUUGACAAGUAUUUGGAAAAGGAUGACGACGAGGUUGAGCCCCGUCGCUUGCGAGAAGAGGGUGUCGACAUUUUCAUUGAUCUGGGCGCAACUUUUGUGGACCAUGAAGAGACUGGCAACAUAAAGGACGUCACCAUGCAACCAGGCAAGCAAAGGGCGGUGUUGCCGCUAAUUCGAAAGUUCAACGAGCAUUCUGGACGCUUGUUGCACACCGCGUUGGGCGAGCCUGCCGCUAAACGUCGUAGGGUGGACGAUGGCGGAGACGUAAGUCACUCUUCACAACUAGACCUUGACGACCUCCAUGACAACCAAAGCUCCGCCGGUAUUCUGCUAGAUAUGCAAGAUCGACAACGAUACUUUGAGAGCCGAGCGUUGGAUUCGGCGUCAAACGAUGCCUCUGCCGGUGUUGACCCGGCGGCUGCCCUGCAAGGGGUCAAAGACAACCUCGAGGGUUGGUCGGAGAAUCUGAGACAUCUGCAGCUAGAGAACAAGGCCGGAGACACGGCCCUCAUAACCAUGACCAAGAAUGUCUCCGCCCGCUUGGAGGUGAAGAUGCGUAAACACGACAUUCCAGAAGGUCUCUUCCGCCAGCUGACGACCUGCCAAACCGCCGCGAACGAGUUCUUACGGCAGUUUUGGCUCUCGAUCUAUCCCCCAGUCGCGGAAGGACAAAUUCUCUCAACUGCGACGCCAGCUCAGAAAGCAGCCAAAGCGGCAAAAAUGGUGGCAUAUCUCAGCAGGACGCACGAGAAGGUGGAUGCCCUGGUCAGCGCCGCCAGGCAGGAAGGUAUCGACCCUGCCCGUGUCCAAGUGGCCAUGAAGCCUAUGCUUGACGCUGUCGACAAAGCUCUCGCCUUCUGGCAGGCACGGAGCGCCAAGGAGAAGGCGCCGCGUUAA